AUGCGUUCGUUUCCAACGCCAAUGCGCCAUCCUUCACUUUCGAUAACGAAUCUCAGCCUCAUAUUCGUCUGUUUGAGUUUGGCGCUCAAAGUAGCUGGGACGUGGUGGAUCAAAAGGCAGCUUGCUGAAUUGACACGGGAACACAGUUAUAUCGGGAACGAUUAUCCAGAGGUAUGGCCCAUCGAACGCAAACCGGUCUUGAUGACCUUCGACAACCCCAAGCACUUCCGGCUGGACAAGGAGGAUGGCAUCGCCGAGUGGGCGGCUAUCUCACCGCAGAACGGCGUAGUGCACCUCGGUCCACACCGCCAGCCAUACACCGUCGCAAUGCUGCACCAGCUGAAGUGUCUCGAUGUCUUGCGUGGAGAAAUGGUCCGUGAUCGAAGUGAGAGUUACGCUGGUCCGUCGGUCCUAGUGAGGCAUUGCCUAAACUAUAUCCGGCAAAUCGUGAUGUGCCGUGGCGAUUUCGAACUCGAAUCUUUUCAAUUCGCCUCUCAUAAAAAUCCCAUCGAUUGGCAUGGCAUAUAUGAAUGCAGAGAUUGGGAGGCGGUAUACAAUAAUGUUAAGCAGAAUCAGGAGGAGUACGAUGCAUGGGUAAAAAUGGGCAAAAAACAUUAG